UUUAACUAUUAUGUCAUGGUGCAAUCAAUCUGGCAUCUGGGAUCCCAGUUCAUUCUACAAGCAAGCAUCACCACCAUCUACACCAGCACUUUGUCUCUGGCACUUAGUUUCGAUCAACCUUUUGUACGGUCAAGUAUAUUUGCCGGUGUGAAGACUAAUAUUUUGCGGCGCAUCAUGUCCAUGAAUUGGACAAUUGUGCUACUCCUUGCUUUGGCAUCAACAUCACAAGCUUUCCUCUCGCAUGGAUAUUCCUCAUCAUCUUCCUUGCCAGCGGAUGACAUGAAUAAUAAUAUUUUGAGAACUUACCGUCGAUGCAUGUGGGAGCAAUCGAAAUUCCUGCCCCGGCGUUUAGUUCUGCUAUCCUUGUGCUCGAAUUUGUUUUGUGAAAACAAUCAACUGCUACCGCGAUUAAGGUCUAUUUUUGUAGUGGAAAAAGUAGCUAGACACAAUGAUUGCUUAGAUAUGCUGCCGGACCAAUGUAUCCAGGGCGAUGAGGAUGAUCUGAUGUACAAGCCAUUCCCGGAUUGCUGUCCAGUGUAUUGUAAUUUGAAAAAACGAUUGAAUCGUUUAAAAUCAAUGCUGUUUCGACACAGGGUAUUGAGUACACCAUCACAGAGUGUCGUUUUAAAUGAGUUAAGUUAGACAUUUUUGUAAAAUGCAAAAAGAGAAGCAGAUAUUUUGUUGAACUUUUUUAUUCAAAUAUUUUGUGUAAAUUUGCUAAAAUAAAAACUAAAAUUUUAUUAAAUAAAAUUAAUACAUACAUAAUUAUUUUA